UGGUCAUCCCCUGUACUGUGUCCGCAGUCUCCGGUCAUCCCCUGUACUGUGUCCGCAGUCUCCGGUCAUCCCUGUACUGUGUCCGCAGUCUCCGGUCAUCCCCUGUACUGUGUCCGCAUUCUCUGGUCAUCCCCUGUACUGUGUCUGCAGUCUCUGGUCAUCCCCUGUACUGUGUCUGCAGUCUCUGGUCAUCCCCUGUACUGUGUCCGCAGUCUCUGGUCAUCCCCUGUACUGUGUCCGCAGUCUCUGGUCAUCCCCUGUACUGUGUCUGCAGUCUCUGGUCAUCCCCUGUACUGUGUCCGCAGUCUCUGGUCAUCCCCUGUACUGUGUCCGCAGUCUCUGGUCAUCCCCUGUACUGUGUCCGCAGUCUCUGGUCAUCCCCUGUACUGUGUCCGCAGUCUCUGGUCGUCCCCUGUACUGUGUCCGCAGUCUCUGGUCAUCCCCUGUACUGUGUCCGCAGUCUCUGGUCAUCCCCUGUACUGUGUCUGCAGUCCAUUGGUUUCAGAAUAUUUUUUAUCUUGUUUUUCUCCUCUA